AGCAGGUAAGGACAAAUAACACCUGCUCACACCUGUACCGCCAACACAACAUCGUCGUCCCUGACCCGCCACGCAACUCACCUCCACGUAGUAUUCAGCCACGUUCAUACAGAAGACGAGGAACCUAUAGUAGAGCCCCGCGAGAAUUGUGUUCUGUAGAGGAGGAGGCUGUAAAGAAAGGAGGGUAAUUUGACCGUCAAUAACAGCCUUCAAGUCCUUGCUUAGCUGUGAGUGGCGUUCACAUUCAGGUGUCAAGUUCAUUCUGCUAGUACGACAGCGUGUGGGGGAGAUAAGCUUCCCGACACCUUCGUGGAGCGUGGAGGAGUAGUCACACACACUUGUUCGAACACCGCGACGAGACACUGAGGUGUAAAACACCUCAGUGACGUUUCAGCUGUGAGAGAGCAAUCAACAUGUUGUCACUCAGGACGUCGCUGGUGCUGAUGGCGGUGUCGUGGUGGUUAUGUGUUUCAGCUGCCAAUCUGAGCCAGGUGGAGGACCCCCUGAUGGAUCACGACUAUCUUGACGACAUUAUGGAUUACUCGCAAGACAACGUGGACAAGAUCAGCGCCAAGUACUCUGCUCAGGUGAACAAAAGGGGCCUGAUUGACGACGACGAUGAAGACGAAGACGAAGAAUACUACGACGAGGAGGAAGACGAAGACGAGGAUUACGACGAUGAUGAGGAAGGAGGUGGAUGUGGAGGAGGAGGAGGAGAUGAUGACGAGGAGGAUGACCCCGUGAUGGAUGUGAUUGAUGAGUUCUUCUCUAGAUCAUGAAUGACCUGAUUAGUUCACCUGUGUCUGUGGAUUAAUUUUUUUGUUUUUAGGUUAAUGUAAGAAAUGUUUACUUAUAUACUCUAUUUACAACUAUGUUUAUGAUAUAUAUUCCACAACUUAAAUGAAAAAUAACGAAAAAUAACACUACUGACACCUUGUAAAUGAUCGGGGUAACUGUGUGUAAAUGAUAAUGAGUCUUAAGGUUAUAUGUAAAAUGAGGAAUAUAUCACUACAAUGAGGAAUAUUUCACAUGAUAACUGAGAAAUAUUCAUUAUUACCUGAAUACCACCAAAAUAUAUACACCAACAAUGGGUAUAAAAUGUUCAGUAAUUUAUCCUUAUUGAGAAACAUAUACAGAUAAUAUUGUUCAUUUGUGUAUUAUUUGAGAAAUAUAUCACAAAAUGAAUCAUACAAGGCAUACACUUAUAAACCCUAUACAACUGAGAAAUACUACACAAGGUUAUAGAAUAAUUUCCAUUUCCAUUCACUUUAUCAAUUAUUCACCUUCAUUCUUUAUAAGUGUUCUUCGUUAGUACUUAUGGAAGCACUUAUCAUAUUUAUAUCAUAUGAUUGGAAGUACAAUACAGGUAAAAAGAAACUGAUUAUCCAUGUUACUUUUAUGCAGAUCUUACAGGUGCAAUAAUUCCCAGGUGACGACAACAACCUUUAAAUUUGUAAUUUAUCAGAUACAUGAAUAAAAUCUCAACUGAAAUCCUACAUAAACUUCACCAAUUUCAUUAUGUAAAUUUAGAAAAGAGUUACAGCACUGUUUUAUCGUCCCUCUUGCCCUCGUCCUGCACCACCCUCAUCCUACACCACCCUCAUCCUGCACCACCCUCAUUCUACACCACCCUCAUCCUGCACCACCCUCAUCCUGCACCACCCUCAUCCUGCACCACCCUCAUCCUGCUCCACCCUCACCCUGCACCACCCUCAUCCUGCACCACCCUCAUCCUGCACCACCCUCAUCCUGCACCACCCUGUCUCCAUCCAUCCCUCUCUUGGUAUAUACGUUUACAUUAAUCUACCACACACUCAAAUAAGACAGAAAUAGAGUUAAGAGAAGCUGCAUGCCUUUAGGUUGACUUUACCCACCCUAUGAACUCCUCUCCUGAUCAGAGUGAUAGAAAGUUCCACGUGGUGAGGUAUAUUUUUGCUCAUUUUAGAUCACUUUUGUUAAUUUCUUCUUCUUGACGUAGUUUAUUGGGUUUUUUAUGAUCAGUUAAUCUGUGGCCGAUUAUCUUAACCAUGAUUGAGUUUGUGUUGUGUUGUGUUGUGUUGUGUUGUGUUGUGUACGGUGAUAAAUUUUGUUUUAGAUUGUAUUUGACUUAGUGUAACCUAACCUAAUUCAACUUCUUACUUUAACUUAACCCAAUGUAAUGUAACCUGCCCUAACCUAACCUAACCUAUAUUAAUCUACGUUACGUAAAUAUUCCAUUAAUGUAUUUGAUGAAUUUAUUGUAAUAAAUAAAUAAUAGAGA